AUGAACUCGUCGUCGCUCCGUUUUGCCCGUGGGAAUGACGCCGUCCUUGCUCCCCCAGCGACGGGCCCGCGGACUGCCAAGCUGGACGACGAGCUGGACGACGAGCUGGGCGACGACCUGCGCGACGAGCUGGGCGACGAGCUGGGCGAUGAGCAGGGCGACGGGCGCGACGAGCUGGGCGACGGGCGCGACGAGCUGGGCGACGGGCUGGGCGACGGACUGGGCGACCAGCUGGGCGCAGAGAUGGACGCUGCUUAG